ACUGGAACAAAAAUGGCGGUUUAGUGGAAUCGAAUUUAUGACGGAUGUUCUCCUAAGGCCCUAAACAAACGUCUUUUUCUAUUGGUUGCCUAGUUCCUUGCAAGUUUCGUUCUGUACAUAAGAAAUUGCAUAAUGUGCAAGUAAGUCCAACUGCAUUUGGUAAACUAUGCAUUAUUUCGGAUUAUUUACAAAUGUGGACGACCACUUUGAGUGAGAUCCUUUACCAAUGCCGAUAUCUUAUGGUUAUUUUGAUGAAGUUAAUGUUUGGAGUUUUCAUCACUGAACAGCACCACGAAAGGGCAACGCAUCAGACGUGGUUGGGUGGUUUCACACCUGAAACAUGUCAAUACCCACUUAUGGAAAUUUUACACGGAAAUUGUUUCUCAUAUGGAAUGAAAGAGCAGAUUCUUUAAAUAAAAUGGGAUCACAAGUUGUUCCUCAUACUUUUCAUGAUAUGGAUAUGUUUCCCUCAUCAUCACAAGUACAUGAAAUGUUGCAGUGUGCUAAUGAAUGCUCUAAACGACAAAAUGGAGAUUAUAUUACAUUUGGAGAGUUUUGCGUUUAUGCGUCAGAAUUGAAAUCGUGUUAUGAUAAUAAAAUCCCUCGGCCAACCCCUUUAUCUAAGCCAUCUAAAGAGACCAGACGGUUAAAUAGUCGGAGAAGAAGUACCUUAACAAGGCCAUCAAAAUAUCAAGUUUUUCUUGGAGGUUCUUGCAAUCCAACUACCUGGAGGAGAGAUAUUGCCAUACCUACAUUUAAAAGACUUGGAAUUACUUAUUAUAAUCCACAAGUUGCUCAGUGGGGUCCAGAAUUGAUAGAGCUUGAAAACCAGGCGAAACAGAAUGCUGAAGUUAUGUUUUUUGUUAUCGACAACCAAACGCGGUCUGUUGCCUCCAUGAUUGAAGCUGCUCAAGUAGCUGGAACGCAACGAAAAUUAAUUCUAGUUGUUCAUGAAUUUGAAAAACCAGGCUCUGUUGUUAUGGGAGAGACAAUUACAGAGAAAGAGUUUAGAGAUUUGCAACAAGGUCAGAGAUACCUUCAAGAUCUUGUUGAAAGGCAAGGCAUUCCUGUUUUCGACAAUAUAAAGCAUGCUGUUCAAUGCACUGCUACAAUUUUACAGAAGAAUAUCAAACCUCAAGACUUAACUAUCCAAGAUGCAGCGCAUCCUGUGAAGAUGGCAUACUUACAGAUUGGAGAUAAACUGAUAAAACUUCGAGAAGUUUUUGAUGAUCUUGAUUCUGAUAAUUGCAGUACAAUUACUUUGAAGGAUAUCGGUAUGGCUUUUAAAAUACUGACCAGCACCGAUUUGCCUGUGGACAAUUUAAAAGCUAUCAUGGCUCAACAAAAUGGUUUUCGUGGAAAUAGUCUUGAAGAUGAAGAGUUUGACAACAUUCGAGUUGACUUUAAUCAAUUCUGUUGCAUUAUGACUGAACUUCGGAACCAGACUGAAAAUGGAAUUUCUAAUCUAUCUGCAUUACGGAAUAAAGCAUCCAAUAUUAUCUGUUCUGUAUUUACUCCUUUGUCCAAACUAUUAGAUUGGGUUCGACCUGAAAGCAGGCCUACUGUUGAAGAAAAAAAUAAUGGAAAUGACAUUACAUAUGCUACUACUUACAGAGACGUAUAUUUAGGAGGUUCAAGAAAGCCUUCGUUAUGGAGAGAAGAGAUAGCUAUCCCACUAUUGAAGAAAAAAGGUCUUACUUAUUUUAUACCUCAGGAUGGUGUGUGGAGCGAACGGCUAAUUCCAAUGGAAGCUACAAAUAUGGAAAACAGCCAAGUGUUAUUAUUUGUUAUUAAAAAUGAUUCCAGAUCAUUAGCAGAUAUGAUUGUAGCAGCUCAUUAUGUUGGUCUUGGUUGCCAAAUUGUGUUAUGUAUACAGUACAUUGAAGAAGAUACGGAAAUUGAUGGAGAAAAGCUGUCAUCACAAGCUGUCAAAGACUAUAAUAGAGGGCGAGUGUACCUCUCCGAUCUGGCCACCAGGGCUGGUGUGCCAGUAUUUGACCAAGUUGAUGAAGCUGUUGAAUGUGCCGUAAAAAUGUGUCUUCAAAAUUCCUAGUUGGGACUACUUUCUGAGGGAAACUCUCAUAUCUUUAAAAGAUCUGACAUUUUCCACGGACUUCUAUCAUUGCAGACUUUUCAGUGACAGUUUGUUUGGAAAUCAUUAACAUCACCUCAGGUCCUUACGUGUAUGGACGUGAACAAUGCGCACACCGUUUUUAGUUGUUUUGUUCUGCACAUUAUGUGCUGAUGAAGUUUUUAGUUUUGUCUUGUUUUUUUUUAUUCAUCUUGUUGGACUUUUUCACAAUAUAUUAAAUUAUGAAUAAUUUUAAUAUAUUAAUUCAACACCUGCCGAAAAGGUUGCUGCUAUAUUCAUAAUCCAUUGCUACUUAUUUAUUUCAAGACAUGGAGAGUAAAUAAGAUAUGAAUAGUUCAGAUCCAAGAAUGCCAUAACAGUUUACUUAACCAAUAAAGCAUUGCAAAUAGCAAAAUGGCGACUCCUGAUCAAUAAUUAUUAUAUGAUCUAAUAAUGAACUCUCAUGGCUGAUAUUCCAUUAUAAUGUCAGUUUGAUUUUAAACUCAGUGAAAGUCAAAUGAUUAAUCAUGUCUUUUGGCGAACUUCCAUUGUAUAUUAUUGUUUAUUAACAGUAUUAGCAUUACUACAUAGUUACGUCUUUAAAAUAUUGUAUUAUUUUUUUACAGCGUGUAUUUAAUAAGUGUUUUGUGCUGUCUUUGUUAAGCUCAUUGGUGUUUUUUAUUAUGCUAGUAGUGGGUAGAAAUUUUGGGACAUACUGCUACUUAUAAAAUCAUUUUACAUUAAAUAAUACAUCCUAAUCUGAUGCAAGUCUUUCACUGCUCGGAAAGGGUAUAAAAUUUAUAUUCUGUCCAGUUACAUAAUUAUUGAUAAAUCUGCACUUUUCAUAUAAAACUCUUUAAUAAUUUUUAAAUCACGUUUCUAAAAUUUUUGCCCAUUAGUUGUUGUGCCUGUAAUGUAGAUUUAGUCUGCAUUAUGCGAAAUAUUUCUUUACCAAUGAAAACAAAGCUUUACCAUUUACACAAAAUAUUUACUAUACAUGUUAUAUAUUUUUCUUAAGUAUUAACUUUGUGAAUAGGUAUGUUUGCAAUUUUGUAUUCAUUAAAACUGAAUCUCUCUUCAUAUUUCAUCUUUUCAGCAGUAUUUAAAUGAAUAUGAUUGUAUUUUCAUUAUUAAAUGGAAAUCUAAGAUAUUUCAUUUUUGAUGAUCAUACAAAGCAUUUUCAUUUGUUUAUUUCAGGGACCAUGUAACAUUUCCUUAAAAAAAUCUUUUUCCAAAUUCCAGACCACAAAUUCUUAACUGUUUUUGAGAAUUAUGUUAAAAUGAAUUGUUAAGUGAAAUUCCAGGCUAUCUUACGUUACUCCCAUUUUGUUAAAAUUUCUUUCAUAAUUUAAGAAUUGUGAAAAUUAAAAUUGCUUUAAAAAAUAUGAUUCGGUUUUAAUAAAUCAGAAUCUAUAUUUUUUUAAGAAUUAAUAUUAUUGGUUAUGCAAAUGCUAAAUUACCUAUCAUUAUAUGAGCUAUCUCUGUGAUGCUUCAAACAAGUGAACGAUUUUUUAAUCUGUUAAUAUGUAAUUAAAGUUCAAUUAAAAUCCAUCUUUAUUUUGUU